GUCCUUAUAAACACCCGAGUAACUCCAUUGAAUUCCAGCUGGUUGAGUUUGUGCAGCGAGUCUCCAAUUACUUCAUACUCUAGCUAGUGUGCUUACUUCGUAUGCUAUAUUUCAGAAACGCCGUCGCAUAAAGCAUUUCAGCUACCACUACCACCACUGCGAUUCCAGAGAGAGAGAGAAUGCAGAGACCUCAAUAGUCGCCGCAACGCAGAUUUAUUAUCGUCGGGAACCUGACGGCAAGUAAGAUUGAUUCAGAUCCUUGACCGAGGGUUCCCGCGAGAACUUGAUUGAGUUUCUGAGUUUUCCUGAGGUUUUUCUCUCUAUGGCUUCGGAGGAUGUCAAGACGGGUGAAUCCGCGGUUUCGACGAUCGUGAAUCUCGCCGAAGAGGCGAAACUUGCGAGACAAGGAGUGAAGCCUACGAGAGAGCAGAUCCUCAGUAUCUGCAAGUCUUUGGUCGCCGGAGGCGUUGCCGGAGGCGUGUCACGCACUGCUGUAGCCCCAUUGGAACGAUUAAAAAUAUUGCUACAGGUUCAAAAUCCCCAUAGCAUAAAAUACAACGGUACAGUUCAAGGCUUGAAAUACAUAUGGAGAACUGAGGGCUUCAGGGGAUUGUUCAAAGGCAAUGGUACUAAUUGUGCUCGUAUUGUCCCAAAUUCAGCUGUCAAAUUCUUUAGCUAUGAGCAAGCCUCCAAGGGUAUAUUAUUGCUAUACCAACAGCAAACUGGCAAUGAGGAUGCUCAGUUAACUCCUGUAUUACGCCUCGGAGCUGGAGCUUGUGCUGGAAUAAUUGCGAUGUCUGCAACCUACCCAAUGGACAUGGUACGAGGCAGACUGACUGUGCAGACAGAGAAAUCACCUUACCAGUACAGAGGAAUUGUCCAUGCUUUAUCAACUGUGCUCCGGGAGGAAGGCCCCCGGGCUUUGUAUAAGGGCUGGCUUCCUUCUGUCAUUGGAGUUAUUCCAUAUGUGGGUCUCAACUUUGCCGUAUAUGAAUCUUUAAAGGAUUGGUUGAUAAAAUCUAAGUCUUUUGGACUUGUUGAAGAUUCUGAGUUGGGUGUCACCACGAGACUUGCCUGUGGGGCUGCUGCAGGAACCGUUGGCCAAACUGUGGCUUACCCUCUCGAUGUCAUUCGUCGGAGAAUGCAGAUGGUGGGAUGGAAAGAUGCUGCUUCCAUUGUUACUGGUGACGGGAAAACCAAAGCUCCCCUCGAAUACACAGGCAUGAUUGAUGCUUUCAGGAAAACUGUUAGGCACGAGGGCUUUAGAGCAUUGUACAAGGGUUUGGUCCCCAAUUCAGUGAAGGUAGUACCAUCCAUAGCCAUUGCUUUUGUGACAUACGAACAAGUUAAGGACAUAUUGGGAGUAGAGAUAAGGAUAUCAGACUGAUGGGCAGGAAGCUCUGAAAUUUGAUCUUCGAGUGUGCCACUAAGUUAUGGUUUUCCUCGACCAGGUUGGGUAUAUCUAGCCUCCUUCCCGCGUCCAUCGGAGGAUGAUGAUCGAGACCUGUUGUAGUCUUUGGUUAUUUUGCUUCCCCUUAUUUAGCAGUGUAUCCUUCAUUUUGAACAUGCUUUAGCUUUUAGCUUUCAGCUGCUUAUUUAGAUUCUGUGUCAGCAAGUACUUGCAAAGAAUAAUGCAAUAAAUGCAUUGCAAGAAGUGAUGUUUAGGGUCAAUAAAACAUCUCUUUUCCUCAAUGCUAUGACUGAUUUGAUGCAGC